AAGUGAGUUUGAUAUUGAUUUGUUAUCGGUGUUUUUGCAUGAUAGGUUUUUUAUCACCGACUAUCGAAGUAGUCUAUUUUCACGAACGAAAUGAAAGUGUUCCUAGGACCAGCGUUACUUACGUCUCGCUUUUUUGCAGUAUUAAUCCUGUUUUAUACAUGCCUGCACCUAAGUGAAUCCAGUACUGGGAACAGGACUGAAGUUCUACGUUCCAACCCAUCAGUAUUGUAUGUGUGGUCUGGUCAGGAACCGUCUGUGAAUAACGCUGCCGAUUUCGUUGCUGUAAUUGAUUUCGACGAAACGUCUUCGACAUAUGGAUCGAUUCUACGAGUUGUACCACUUGUUUCCGACGCUUCAAAUAGAGUUGGUCAGGCGAACAAUGAACCGCAUCAUUCCGGCAUUUCUUCAGACGGACAAUUUUUCAUAACUGGUGGCCUACUCAGUUUUCUAUCAGGAAAUAAAGAAAUUUUCAUCUGGAGAAUCCCAGAAAAUCCAUUGGAUGGUCCGGAGUAUUUGUGUGCGAUUGAUGCGCCUGGGUCGGCAUGUACGGACGAAUUUCUACCCAUUGGUCCUUAUUCAUUUCUUGCCAGUAUGAUGUGCGACGAAACUGCAAAUUCGCCAGGUGACAUGGUGUUGAUAAAUGCGCUUGAUUGUACCGCAACCUCUUUCUUAGAGGAUAGAAGCUUAAGAAAUUUUAAUCCACAUGGGUUUGGUAUGCUCACUAAUGGAUCCAUUUUCACAGCGGACUAUAUUGUUCCAAUCACGUUGACGGAAACCGAUCCAUCAAAAAUAGUUUUCCAAAGUACCGUCAGACAUUUCUAUCCCGACGGGAGUUUGCAACGAACAUUUAACUUUCCUUACCCUACAAAUCCUGAAACUGGUCUGGGAUCAGGAAUCGGUUUUAUGGAACUGAAGCCUAUUCCAAAUGACCCAUUAGGACGCGUAUACGCUUGUGGCACUAACACGAACUUAAUAUAUCUCAUUACACCAGGAAUUCCGGAACCAGUACCCGUUCUUGACGCGUCGGUUGUCAAUGGAUACGAUAUCAAGCCUAGUGCAGGAAUUAUAUCCAUAUUUGAAAGUGGGAAGCUUGCCAUCAUGUCCUUUCAAAUGCGGUUCCUAUUGCUUGUUGAUAUUAGCGUACCCGAGGAACCUAACAUUCUAUUCACCUUUGACUUUUGUACAGACAGCUCAAUUGCAAAUAUGCCGAUUCAAAUUCCUGGCCUGCCAGGAACUACUACGUUUCCUGAAUACUGUGCCGCAAAUGCUAACAAUACCGGCACACAUGUGGUUAUGAUUCCACCAGGAGAAAACCGAUUCGUUGUACUGAACUACUUCCUUCAGUUCGGCUUAGCACAGUUUGCUGGCACACGAUCCAUGCACGUAUUCAAAGUCGAUCCGAAUAUGAGGAGCUUCACAUACGAUCAGCUAUUCAAUCCAAAUUUCCCUGAUAGUGAAUUGUCGCCAGAUUUUCCAACAUUUUAUUCGAUGCAAGCUCAUCCACAUCAUGCAGACUAUAUAAAACUCUAAGAUUGUCAACAUGCAAUAAAUGUUCGUUUGAGAAG